AAAAGCAAGCGAAUAUAUCGGACAAAGAAUGAACGGCCUGGAAGGUGUGAAUCCCACGGUGAGAGGGAUCGCCGUCUCGCCACUCGUGCAUCUCCAACACUUGGCAGGUCACAUCACUCGACAGAUCAACCUCGGCGUCAAGAAACCUUUCAAAGAGGUCCUUGACAUCAGCUCAGGGGAUCCACAUAAAUCCGGCAUGAAGCCCAUCACAUUUGUCCGACAGGUCUUGGCAGGUUGUUUGUACCCUCAGCUGCUGAAGGACAAUCAUCUGCCUCUGGACGUCAGCGUGAGAGUCCAGAAGCUCCUGGAGGUUUGUGAUGGUAACAGCGUAGGUAAGAACUUCCUACAUUUUAGCUUCACGUUCCAAUGAGGAGCAUUCCCGGUUUCAAAAUAAUCCAACUCAGAAAACUACACAUCCCAAUAUGGGCUCCUCCAUGCUUCCCAAUGCAGAUCCCAAGCCAGGAUAAAAGGAAUCUGGCAGGAAAACCAAGCCUAACAAAUCUAGCAAUAAGGUUUUAAUCCCUAAUCUGACUUUCCAGGAUCCUACACUGCUUCUUCUGGCCUUUUCCAUGUCAAGAAAAGCAUUGCCGAGUUCAUCGAAAGACGAGACGGAAUUCCCGCCCAACCUAAUCACGUCUUUAUUUCUGCUGGUUCUCAGAAGGCCUUGAUGGUAACUUCCACGCUAAGGUUGACGUCGGGGGGCUUAGCACCCUGGAGAUGUACAGGAUAUGAAUGAAUGUCGAAGACAUUCCGAAAAAUCCAAAAACACAAAUAAGGAACAAGAACCGGGAUAUAACUUUCCCACUUUUGGACAGAUUUAGUUAAGAUACUCAAUACUUUUAGGCCACCAUUAAAUGUACACAAAGUACACACAAUCUAAACUGCAAAACCGCUGCUCAAACUCUGCAGCCAUUCUGUCCAGUGGACAGUCAUUAAUGAUAUCAUAAUCAUUAUUAUAUUAUUCAUUAGCCUAUUAUUAUUACUAUCAUUAUUAUUUUUCUUUUGAUUAUUACUACAACUACUAGUAGUAGGCUACUAUUAGCCUGCUUAUUGGCUUGCUUGCUUAUUAGCCUGCUUUUUCCCGAUCAUAUAAAAUUUGUCAAUUUUUUUUUGUACAAAAAAAAAAUCAUUUUUUUUUUUUAAAUAUCAAAUUAUUUAGGGGGGCUUAAGAACAUUUUAGGCGGGCUAAGGAGUAGACUUGUAUUAGCCUGCUUAUUGGCUUGCUUGCUUUUUAGCUUGCUUUUUUCCGAUCAUAUAAAAUUUGUCAAAGAUAUAAAAAAAAAAAUGAAAAAAUUAAAUCAAGGAAAAAUAUCAAAUUAUUUAGGGGGUCUACUACUACUACUAGUAGGCUAGUAUAGCCUAGUAUUAGCCGACAAUUUGUCAAAAAUAUUUUUGGGGAAAAAAAAAAUUCUAUCAAUAAAAAAAUAUCAAAUUAUUUAGGGGGGCUUAAGAACAUUUUAGUAGUAGUAGUAGGCUACUAUUAGCCUGCUUAUUGGCUUGCUUGCUUAUUAGCCUGCCUUUUCCCGAUCAUAUAAAAUUUGUCAGAGAUUUUUUUUUGUAAAAAAAAAAAUAUAUAUUUUUUAAUCAAUAAAAAAUAUCAAAUUAUUUAGGGGGCUUAAGAACAUUUUAGGGGGAUACUACUACUAGUUGUAGUAGGCUAAUAUUAGCCUGCUUAUUGGCUUGCUUGCUUAUUAGCUUGCUUUUUCUCGAUCAUAUGAAAUUUGUCAGAUUUUUUUUGUAAAAAAAAAAUCAAUAAAAACUAUGAAAUUAUUUAGGGGGCUUAAGAACAUUUUAGGGGGACUUUUAGUAGUUGUACUAGUAGGCUUGUAUUAGCCUGCUUAUUGGCUUGCUUGCUUGCUUAUUAGCCUGCUUUUUCCCGAUCAUAUAAAAUUUGUCAGAGAUUUUUUUUUGUAAAAAAAAAAAAAAAAAAAUCAAUAAAAAAUAUCAAAUUAUUUAGGGGUGCUUAAGAACAUUUUAGGGUAGUAGUAGUAGUAUUAUUUAGGGGGCUUAAGAACAUUUUAGGGGGACUUUUAGUAGUUGUACUAGUAGGCUUGUAUUAGCCUGCUUAUUGGCUGGCUUGCUUGCUUAUUAGCCUGCUUUUUCCCGAUCAUAUAAAAUUUGUCAAUAAAAUAUUUUUUAAAAAUCAAUAAAAAAAUUCAAAUUAUUUAGGGGGGCUACUAGUAGUAGUAGUAGUAAGCUAGUAUUAGCCUGCUUAUUAGCCUUCUUUUUCCCGAUCAAGUGGAAUUUGCCAGAGAUUUUUUUUGUAAAAAAAAAAAAAAAUCAAUAAUAAUGUUUUUUCAAAAAUCAAUUAAAAAUAUGAACUUAUUUAGGGGGCUUAAGAACAUUUUAGGGGGGCUACUAGUAAUAGUAGUAGUAGGCUAGUAUUAGCCUGCUUAUUGGCUUGCUUGCUUAUUAGCCUGCUUUUUUCCGAUCAUAUAAAAUUUGUCAGAGAUUUUUUUUGUAAAAAAAAAAAUCAAUAACAUUUUUUUAAAAAAUCAAUAAAAAAUAUCAAGACUGAAUACACGGUUUGCGUUCAGGUGGUCGUGAAGCUUCUGGCGAGCGGCGAGCGAGAGACCCCGACAGGGGUCUUGACCUCCGUACCCUGUCCUCACACACUCCCC